AUGGACGUCUAUAAGGUGGUUCUCAGAGAAACGAUUGUGUUGGAACCCAAGUUUGAUCGCAUCACCCACGUUCUUUUAUGCGGUGGUGUUGGUAGCAUCACCGCGGCUGUCUUCCAAUGUUUCCACAACCGUCUCAAAAAGGCCUCCCGCGAAAUUGCCCGCUUCGUUGUUGUCGAGCCCUCCGAGGCCGACUGUCUCCUGUAG